AUGGUUUCUGCUUAUAUCUUGAAGCUCACUACAGUUCUUACUCUUCUCUUCUUCAUUGCAUUUUCUUUGGCCCAUGGAGCCACUGCUAACAAAAAGCAUUAUAUAGUCUACAUGGGGCACCACUCUCACCCCAACUCUGAAUCUGUCAUCAGAGCAAACCAUGAGAUUCUUGCUUCAGUCACUGGAAGUAUUGUUGGAGCACAAGAUGCAGCACUUCACCAUUACAGUAAAACUUUUCAAGGCUUCUCAGCCAGGCUUACACCAGAGCAAGCACAACAACUUGCAGAAAGUGAUUCAGUUGUUUCUGUGUUCGAGAGCAAAACAAAUCGUUUGAGCACAACACAUUCCUGGGAUUUUCUAGGCCUAGACUCUAUUCCCCAAUACAAUCAAAUGCCAAUGGAUUCAAAAUCCAAUGUCAUUGUUGGAGUGAUUGACACUGGAGUUUGGCCAGAGUCAGAGAGCUUCAAUGAUAAAGGAUUAAGGCCUGUGCCAGAGAAAUUCAAAGGAGAGUGUGUUACUGGCGAGAAUUUUACAUUGGCCAACUGCAACAGGAAAAUCAUCGGCUCCCGCUUUUAUGUUCAAGGAUUUGAAGUAGAGAAGGGGCCUCUUGAGUCCUUUGCGCCUCUUCCUUUUUUCCGAUCAGCUCGAGAUAGUGAUGGACAUGGGAGUCACACUGGCUCAACAAUAGCUGGAUCUGUGGUACCUAAUGCCAGCUUCUUCGGGAUGGCCAGAGGCACUGCAAGAGGUGGUGCACCGAGCACCAGACUUGCUAUCUACAAGGCAUGCUGGUUUAACUUGUGUAGUGAUGCAGACGUUCUUUCUGCUAUGGAUGAUGCCAUUUAUGAUGGUGUCGAUAUUCUCUCCCUUUCCCUUGGCCCUGACCCUCCACAGCCAACUUAUUUUGAAAAUGCAAUCUCCAUUGGGGCUUUCCAUGCAUUCCACAGAGGAAUACUUGUUUCUGCAUCAGCUGGGAACUCUGGUUUCCCAAGUACUGCAUGCAAUGUUGCUCCCUGGAUCCUCACUGUUGCUGCCAGCACUUUGGAUAGGGAAUUCCAUUCAAACGUAUAUCUCGGAAAUUCAAGAAUUCUAAAGGGUUCCUCUUUAAACCCACUGAAAAUGGAAAGGUCUUACGGUUUGAUAGCUGCAAGUGCUGCAGCUCUCCCAGAAGUCACAGCAAAGAAUGCAAGCUUCUGCAAGAACAAUACUCUAAAUGCUAGCUUAAUUAAGGGGAAAAUCGUGGUAUGCACCUUCGAGACCUUCACUGAUAACCGAAUGGACAAAAGCAUAGUUGUAAGACAAGGUGGUGGUGUGGGAAUGAUUCUUGUCGAUCCAUUUCUCAAAGAUGUUGGCUUCCAGUUUGUCAUCCCAGGCACUCUAAUUGGUCAAGAAGAAGCACAAGAGCUUCAAGAGUACAUGACGACAGAAAAGAACCCAGUUGCUAUAAUCUCCCCGACAAUUACAUUUCUGAAAACUAAACCUGCACCAGAAAUGGCAGCGUUCUCAUCCAUGGGGCCAAAUAUCAUAACCCCAGACAUUAUCAAACCAGAUGUUACAGGACCAGGAGUGAAUGUUUUAGCAGCAUGGUCUCCGGUAGCGACUGCUGCCACGGCUGAAAGGUCUGUCAAUUAUAACAUAAUAUCUGGCACCUCGAUGUCUUGCCCACAUGUAUCUGCGGUUGCAGCAAUUUUGAAAUCCUACCAACCUUCCUGGAGUCCGGCAGCCAUAAUGUCUGCAAUAAUGACAACAGCAACUGUCCUUGAUAACAGCAGAAGCACCAUUGGAAGAGAUCCAAGUGGAACCCCUACCACACCUUUUGACUAUGGAUCUGGACACAUUAACCCAGCUGCAGCAAUUGAUCCUGGACUAGUAUAUGAUUUUGAUUCCCAUGACAUUAUAAAUUUUCUCUGCAGCACUGGGGCUAGCCCUUUGCAACUGAAAAACCUCACAGGAAGUCUAGUUUAUUGCCAGAAGUCUCCUACCCCUUCCUACAAUUUUAACUAUCCUUCGAUUGGUGUGUCAAAAAUGAAUGGAAGGGUAUCUGUUCACCGAACCGUUACUUAUUAUGGUAAAGGCUCAACAGUAUAUGUUGCCAAUGUAGAUUAUCCCGCAGGUGUGAAUGUUACAGUUGCACCAUCAAAACUCAAGUUUACAAAAACCGGGGAAAAGAUGUCCUUUAGGGUAGAUUUUGCUGCCUUCAAGAACAGUAAUGGAAGCUUCGUGUUUGGAGCUUUGACAUGGAGCAAUGGUAUUCAAAAGGUUAGGAGUCCUAUUGGUCUCAAUGUGAUUUCAGCAUAG